AUGGCGGAUUAUUUUGAAGAAAUGGGAUGGAGACCUCUGGAAAAUGGAGAAAAUCCUAAUCAUUUUCUUCAUUUUGCUAGACUUCUUAGAGAUUUUGGUAUGUUUGAAGAACUUGGAGAAGAUAAAAAAUUGCCACCACCUGCAUCGAAAGAAUAUAUUAAAAAUUUGAAAAGAGAAACUGUUCAUGAAUCUGAAAAACAAUGUCCAGUAUGUUUAACAUUUAGCAAAGAAGGAGAGGAAAUGAUAUUAUUGAAUUGUAAUCACGGCUUUCAUCCAGAUUGUAUUCUUCCUUGGCUAAAUAGGACUAGCACUUGUCCAUUAUGUAGGUAUGAAAUGCCUACCGAUGAUGAAGAUUAUGAAAUGUACAAGAAAGAAAAAAUUAGGGCAAAAAAAAGAGAAGAAGAUAUAAACGCUUUACAUAAUUCUAUGUUUUCAUAA